UCCGCGUGUCUACAUGUUUUUAAAUGGCUAUGUGGUUUGAAGAAUGGAUGUUGGUUUGGAGCGGGAUGUAAUUUUGUUGCAGCACAAAGCUCUCUGCCUUCAUUAUAAUGAGACUCCUUGUUUUCAGUCCACUCUGCUAUGCAGUUUCAACUCCAAGAGCAUCUAAAAAAAGAGCAAUUCAUGUCUGGGAACACUCAGCAGGAGCAAGCCACUCUGGGCAGGAUUUUCAAAAGGUCCUAAAUGAUAACUCCAGUGUUAAUCAGAAAACCGGUCUCUGGUGUUUUUGAGGACCAUGGCAAAUCUGAGUCUCAAUUGCUCCAGCCAGGAGUAUCCCCAGCCCCUGGAGGACCCUCCCAAUCUGUGCAACAGCAGCUCCCUGAACCACACCUUGAACCAGACCUGUAACCUGGAGGACUUCUUCUUGAGCAACGAGGAGCUGCUGAUUAAAUACCUGGGGCCCCGACGCUCCAGCGUGUUCCUCCCCGUCUGCAUCACCUACCUCACGAUCUUCGUGGUGGGAGCGUGCGGGAACGCCCUCAUCUGCAUCGUGAUCGCCCAGCACAAGGUGAUGAGGACGCCCACCAACUACUACCUCUUCAGCCUGGCCAUCUCCGACCUGCUGGUCCUGCUCCUGGGCAUGCCUUUGGAGCUGUAUGAGAUGUGGAGCAACUACCCUUUCCUCUUCGGCAAAGGGGGCUGCUACUUCAAGACGUUCCUUUUCGAGACGGUGUGCUUCACCUCCAUCUUGAACGUGACGGCCCUGAGCGUGGAGAGGUACAUCGCCGUGGUCCACCCGCUGAAGGCCAAGUAUGUAGUGACCAGGACCCACGCCAAGAGAGUCAUCUUCACGGUGUGGUUGAUCUCCAUGCUCUGCGCCAUCCCCAACACCAGCCUGCACGGGAUCUUCUACCUGCUGACAGGCAGCGGCAAGGUGGUGAAGGAGUCAUCUAUCUGCACCCUGGUGAAGCCACGCUGGAUCUACAACCUCAUCAUCCAGAUCACCACCCUGCUCUUCUUCUUCCUGCCCAUGGUGACCAUCAGCGUGCUCUACCUGCUCAUCGGGCUGCAGCUCAAGAGGGAGAAGAUGCUCCAGGUGCUGGAGGCCAAGUCUGGCCUGGGCAGAGACAGCUACCAGAGCGGCCGCGCCCAGCAGCAGAAGAUGAGGAGGAGACAGGUCACCAAGAUGCUCUUCAUGCUGGUGGUGGUGUUCGGGAUAUGCUGGGCCCCCUUCCACACUGACCGGCUCACGUGGAGCUUCAUCGAGCACUGGACGGGUGAUAAGCACCUCCUCUUCCAGUACGUCCACAUCCUCUCUGGGGUCUUCUUCUACCUCAGUUCGGCCGUCAACCCCAUCCUCUACAACCUCAUGUCAACGCGCUUCCGGGAGAUGUUCAAAGAUGUCAUGUGCCAGGGGUCGCACCGGCCGAAUGGCAGGAAGUACUCCCUCAGCGUUACCCAGGUAACCACGCGCAGCGUCGUGUGCGAGCCGCCCCCCGGCCACGGGCCAGCACACUCCGAUGUGGAGGAUUAUGAGCUCUACCUGGAGUGCAACAACGAAAAUGAGACGUCUUUCGCUUAGCACCGGGGCUUUAACCCAGCAUGGAACGGCAUACUGGGGCUCCAUCUCUUACUGGGGCCCAACCUCCAUCAAUUCCAUCAUUCUUUGAAAACGUUAAUACAAGGAGCAGCGUGGAGGCGUCACUGAUGAUCUCACGCAGUACAAGACACAUAUCUCGUUCUAGUCCAGAAUCAACAAGCACGUCAAGUGACAGCCAAGGCUGCGUCUUCAAAAUGAGUGAAACGUGAAAAAGUAAGAUCACCACAACUACAUCCACUGUAUGCACAUGUAAAAAUCUCAUUUCCACAUUCAUACAAGCAGACAGACAGAUGCCUUUAUAUAUUCCAGAUUGUGCUACUCUGAGGUCAAUAGCCUGUGCUAGAGUAUGCCCAUACCAAAACACAAGUGAAGAAAACUAAGCUUGGCAUAAAAAUGGGCAGACAAGGGGCUCCAAAUACCCACCAGACUCUCUUAAUAAAUUGUUCUAAAGAAUGUCCUUGGUAAAGCAGGGGGGCAGCCUUUAUGAAGGAGGAAUGAAUGUUACAUCAUGUCCAAUUCAAUAAGGCUCACCAGCUUGAGUUCAGCUGGACAGUGCAUGUUUUUGGAAGAGCUCUGUAAGUGUGUUUUACUGUGACAUGCGCACUGUCUGUGAAGUGGUCUUUGUCCUUAUUCGUUCAU